UUAAAAACUCGGUGACCUAAUUAGGGGAGUACUUUUACCCCAACGGUGCGGAGUAACGUCAGCGUGCAAUGUUUUAUUCAGAUUUAAUACGACACCAUUUUGUUAUCGAUCGGACGUUGGAAGCAGUUUAAAAAUCAGCAGCAGCAGCAGGGUGAAAUGGCCGCUGUGGAGAGCGGCGGCGGCGGAGGAUUCAGUCAAAAGCGAAACACAAACUCACAAGACUCGCAGCAGCCAUCCCCUCUGGCCUUGCUGGCUGCCACGUGCAGUCGAAUCGACACGCCCGGAGAGAACGACUCGUCGGCCGAGCAGCAGCAGCAGCAACAAAAUCAGCAGCAGCAGCAGCUGGAAAUAAACCAGGUCUUCACCUCCACCGCCAACGGUUGGCAGGUCGUCCCGGUCAGCGUCCAGGCGUCCUCGGGCUCCAACACCAUCACCACGGAGUCGUCGGGGGCCAUGGCGGGAGCAGACGGCUGCAAGAGCAGACAGGAGCUGUCGUCCUCGGCAGCAGCAGCCGUAAGCGCCCAGGGUCAGCAGCAGCAGCCGCAGUACAUCGUGGCUCAGGCUCCGUCCAUGCCGGGUCAGCAGCUGCUCACCACCAUAUCGGGCAUGAUGCCCAACAUACAGUACCAAGUCAUCCCCCAGUUCCAGACGGUAGACGGCCAGCCGCUGCACUUUGCCCACGCUCAGCAGGACCCCGCCGCGGCGGCACAGGGCCAGCAGUUCCAGAUCGUGCAGUCUCCUAACGGCCAGCAGAUCAUAGCUGCCACCAACAGAGCCGGCGCCGCAGGGAACAUCAUCACCAUGCCCGGCGUCCUCCAGGGAGCCAUCCCCAUACAGAACAUAAGCCUAGGCAACGGCGUGUUACAGAACCAGACCCAGUUCCUGGCCAAUAUGCCGCUGUCCCUGAACGGGAACAUCACGUUGUUGCCCGUCAGCGCGGGUGCGGCGGGGGGAGACGCCAGCGGCGGCGGCGGGGACGGCGCUGGCAAUCAGCUCGUACAGCAGCAGCAGUCCCAGCAGCCGGCGUCUUCCGGCGGCGGGGCGGCGUACAUGACCACCGUGUCCACCGCCACGACGCCGACCUCGUCCUCCUACGGAGUCGCCCAAGCGCAGAAGAGCAACGGCUCGGCGAGCGGCUCGUUCCAGCAGAACAUCCAGAUUCAGGCCGACAACAGAGACGGGCAGCAGCAGCCGCAGCAAAUCCUCAUCCAGCCUCAGCAGGUUCUCCAGGGCGGAGCGCCUCUCCAGACCAUCCAGGCCACAGCGGGCGGCCCCAUGUUCGCCACGCCGACGCUCAGCCAAGAAGGGCUUCAGAACCUUCAAAUCAUGCCCAACACGGGGCCCAUCCUGCUGCGCACCGUGGGCCCCAACGGCCAGGUCAGCUGGCAGACCAUUCAGAUCCAGAGUCCCACGGGGACGCAGAUAACACUGGCCCCCAUGCAGUCCCUGUCCCAGGUGGGCCAGGGAGGUGGCGGCGCCGGCGCGGUCCCCGUCAACACGGUGCAGAUCCCGAGCCUUCAGACCAUCAAUCUUAACACCCUCAACAGCUCGGCGCUGCAGAUGCACCAGCUGCAGGGCGUUCCCAUCAGCAGCACAACAGGGGACCAGGUGUUGCGGACAGGGGGAGAGAGUUUGGAUGACAGCGCAGUCCUGGAAGGUGAUUUAAGCCCACAACCUCAGGGCCGGCGAAACCGAAGAGAGGCCUGCACCUGCCCCAUGUGCAAAGACGGCGAGCCGCGUGACCCAAGUAAGAAGAAGCAGCACAUCUGUCACAUCAGCAACUGUGGGAAGAUCUACGGCAAGACGUCCCACCUUAGAGCCCACCUUCGUUGGCACACAGGAGAGCGUCCCUUCGUCUGCGGCUGGUCGUUCUGCGGCAAACGCUUCACACGUUCAGAUGAGCUCCAGCGCCAUAAGAGAACACAUACAGGGGAGAAAAAAUUUGCGUGCACCGAGUGUCCCAAACGCUUCAUGCGCAGCGACCACCUCUCCAAGCACAUCAAGACCCACCAGAAGAAAACGGCCGUCACCGGCAACAGCAUCGGCGCGUCGGCCGACGCCGUUUCUCCGUCGGCGGGAACGGAAACUAGCGCGGGGGCCGCCUCAAACAAUGACCAGCACACCAUCGUUACAAUGGAGACCUUAUCCGCAGAAAGCCUCGCCCGGUUAGCCAGCAGCGGCAUCAGCAUGAUGCAGGUGGACCUUCACCAGCUCAACGGCAACAGCUACUGAAGGCGACGGCUCUGCAGAACGGCGGCUCUGGACAUUUGGCUGGUUGGAGGGAGGGAGGGAGGGAGGGAGGGAGGGGGGGUUAGAAGGCCGGGACCUGCCGGCGGCGUCGGUCUGAUACUAGUAGUUUGUAGAACCGAGGCAGAAAUUUGAUUUUUGUUUUUGUAUGUUAGAUGCCUGUGGUAUUCAGGGUUCUGAGGUGGGCAACUGGGAUUAAAAUCUCAAAUGAGAGAAAUUACUGUGAAAUCCUAGUUCCUCUGCAGGGAAAACGGCGUUACACUAACAUCCGCCCCCCCGCGAUACAGCCUAGAUUUUUAAACUGAUUUGCUCGCACGGUGUGGGACAUUGCGAGCAAUGGAUGAACUUGAUAUGGAGGUGAAUUUAUGCUUUAUUUCUCUGCCUCCGGGUUUUUGUCUCCUCGCGUUCUGAUUGGCUACACGUCACAUUCAGCAGGUGGCGUCCUCAUUGGUCCUCUGGGAAGACCGUACAUGCUAGGAUAUCUUGCCAGGACAAUCCAACAUGUCCCCCCCCCUAAUUUGAGGUCCGAGCGAUCCUGAAGUGCUUCCCGUCAGACUAGAUCACUCGUAAAACACCACAAACCCCAGGAAUAUAUGAGCCAUCAUAACAAUCGUCCUUAAGAUUAUCAGGAGACGAUUGUAGCUAAAACGGACCUAAUUAUUUUGCCGUGUGAACCCAGCAUCACCUCACGAUGGAGCUGGUAAUGCCGUCUACACACGUUUCUUCGAGGAAGAGAUGACACUAAGUCAGACUCUUUGACCUGUUUUCCUGCCACACCUCAGAAGUUCCCUGACCCGUCUGCCCGGGCGCAUUUUUAAUGUCCCUCAGAGGCUAGCCUGCGCACAUCAUCUCAGAAUAUUAAAUCCCCUAAUAGUAAAAAAAAAAAAAUGUUUUUAAAGCACAGUUUCCACUGUUUUGUUUAAGCCAGAAGCACAAGUGCAUUUUGAGGAUAUUCGCGUCAGAACUGAAAUCCUGAGAUAACUCUUCCACCUCUUUAGUGAGAACAUUGGAGCUGUCACGCUUUAUUGUCAGGAUGUAAGUAGAGCGUAUUUUCAUUUUAUGUAUGUAUAUAGGUACAUUUUGUUUUUGGUAAACAGUACAGAGAUUCUGAGCACUAGCAGGAAUACUAUACCGUAACAUGAUCGCAGGUGAUUGCCUUUCUGUUGUCUGCACAUCUUAUGCACAAUCAAUCUUAAUCUUAUUUUUAUAUAUAUUAUAUAUAUGUAGAUUAAAUUUGUAAACUUCGAAGCUUUUCAUAUAAUGUACGAUCCAGAUCUUCCAGUCUAUCUUCCAUCUUAGGCCUUCUUCACAGCCAUGUCAGUGGUUCUUUUUCCCCCCCUCUUUUUUUUGGAUUAGUUUUUCAUGUUUUCAGUUAUUUUUGCAAUAAUGUUUAGAAGUGAUGACUAUACUAGCUCCAGACCAAAGGUUUAUACUUUGUUUUGUAAAAACUUGGGUUUUUUUUUUUGUUGUUGUUGUUCCAUAAGAUUUCUAAAAAGUACUCACCUAGUAACGUAAAUGCCCAAAUAACUGGAAAACGUCCAGCUUGAGGCAAACAGUUUGCUUCCUUUAGUUGUCCAAACAAAGUGCAAAAUGCAUUGUCAGGAUGUAUUUGCAUAACUUUUCUUUGUCAUGAUCAUGGUUUGUGAAACAAUUGUAACCAGUGCAAUGUAUGUUUAAAACUUCAGUUCAUGGGACAAGUGCUCUUACCUCCUUUCCCCCCCAUUUUCAAUAAGGGAUUUUAUAACGUUUCUACAACUAAUGCAAAUGCCAACAGCUGGAUUAAAAGGACAUUGUGUUUCUUUGCAAA